AUGGUUGUCAGAGACUGCCUUGGAGUUCGCUUCACAUGGCUCCAGACACUGCUCAACAACUUCCCCGCUCUCUUUAAUUUCAUCACCAAAUUGAAGUGUUUGACUGGACUUUGCCCCAGUGAUCUUGAAGAUUAUGGCUGUUCCUGCAGAUAUGAAGAAGAAGAUGUUCCUUUUGAUGACAUAGACAUUAACGGAAAAAUAAUACGUGAGAUGCCACGACUGGGAGAGAUGCUGUACUGCUUGACGGGACGUUGCCCUCAUGAGUUUGAAAUGUAUGGCUGUUACUGUGGACAGGAAGGAAGGGGUCGCCCAGUUGAUGACCUUGACAGGUGCUGUUUCUUCCAUCAGUGCUGCUUGGAGCAGAUUCAAAUGUUUGGUUGCAGGCCAUCACGGAGAUUUAAUGCUCACAUUACUUGUGAAAAUCGAGAAGCUACAUGUACUGGCCAGAACACCUGCGACAAAUUGCAAUGUGUCUGCAACAAGGCAAGUGCCAAGUGCAUGGCAGCCUCACAUUUCAAUGAAACCAUAGCCUUCCUGGACAAGCAGCAGUGUCGUGGCAUGAGAGCACCCUGCAGACGCCGACCGGGGGUAGGCAGACCACCAGUCUCAGCACCCAAAUCUGAAGAUUCCAGCGAAGAAGUAGUGAACUAUAAAAGGGGACCCCUUCAGUCAUUCAGAGUGAGGCAUCAAUCCCAUUCACGUAUAGCUGAGCCCUUCAGUGUGGGCACUACCCCUUCAGGGACACAGGGAACACAGCUGACCACAGAGGGGCCACAGACUGAGGGAGCAAAAGAACUGUCUGCUGAGGCUGAAGAGGUGAAUGAAGAAGUUGCACAGUCUGCUGAAAUUCAUCCAUAA